AUACACACAUUUCCAUAUUUCUUUAUUUUCUAUAAAUUUACUAUUAAAAACUUUUAAAUGCAUCGUUGGUUUUUCGCAGAUGAUGAAAUAGUGUGCAAAGAUCUGACACCACCAUCCAGUCCACCAGAAACGCCGAAAACUUCUUCGUCAUCGUCUCUUUUAGAAACUGAAUGGAUAUUUAAAGUCAAGUUCGACUGGGAACUGUGUUCAAAUGAAACAUUGGCAAUUUCCGGCAGCUGUCCCAUUUUAGGCACAUGGGAUGUUCAACAUUCUGUGCCUCUAAAUAGGGAUGAAAAUUCAUCUUGUUGGACUUUAACGGUAACUUUGCCUCGAAAAUAUGACAUACAUUAUAGAUAUCUAGUGUGUGCUUUAAACGCCCGAGGACAAAGAAUUGUACGUUUUUGGGAGACGCACUGUGAAGCUCGUUUGAUAAGUCGUUAUCAGAUGCAGGAUAUUGAGUCCCUAGAAUGUGAAACUUUUGGCAUAUAUAAAGAUAAAAUAAAACUUGAACGCGGUUGGAUUAAUCCUUACAGUACAGUUGUUCAGUUUAAAUUUUAUCAAGAUCCCUUUGUUUUGAAGCAUACUAUUAUAAAUUCGCCGUUAUAUGUAAAGAUUACUCCAUUAAAAAUUAAAGAUCGAGAAAAAUGUGAGGGGAAAACAUCACUAGAAACUCAAUUACUUACAGAAAGUUUAGAUAAGGAUCUAACACAAACAUUUGCAUAUUGUGAAGUUGCCUCACUACAAGAUCAGAAUGGAGAAUUUUAUAAACAGGCUAAAUAUGGCACUGCUUGCGGUUGUGAAGACAUAAUAAUAUUUAAUCUAACAUUGGGAGAUAUAGAGCAUACCGCAUACCAAUUGGAUUUGUUUAAUUAUUCUUCCAAAUCAGCACCAGAUGUACCACCCCAUCAUUUUGGUUAUCAAUAUGUUUUGCCUCAAGAUAUGAAGGGUUCCGAAGGCACCCUGUACUUAACAAUAAUGUGCGGCACUAAACAUCGUCCCAUUGGUUCCAUGAAAUGUGAUUAUUUAAUAGUGAGACCCAUGCACUCUAAUGAUUUCAAUAUGGAAAAGACUUUUCAACGUCACUGGAAUAUUAAACAUGAAGGAAUAUUUGUUGGUCACAGAGGUUGUGGUAGAAGUUAUUGGUUUCAAAAUAAUAUUCUCAGAGAAAACACCAUUAAUUCAUUUAACUUGGCAUUUGCACAUGGGGCAGACAUGGUUGAAUUUGACGUACAACUAACUAAAGAUAUGAUUCCAAUAGUUUAUCAUGAUUUUCAACUGUAUAUAUCGAAAAAUCUGGAUAUUGAUUUACAGGAAUACGAUGUAAUGCAUUUGCCCUUAACUCCUAAAGAAAUGGAAUCCCUCAAAAAAUUAAGAAAAACUACUGAAGAGUUAGUGGGUAUAUCUGUCAGUAAAUUUACUCUAGAUCAAUUGAGGCGUGUUAAAGUCUAUGAACCAGCAAAAGAAAAUGUUACCCGAACUAGUUGUGGUUUAAAUAAAAAACAUAAUCGACCAUUUAUGACACUUGAAAGAGUUCUAAUAGAAGUUAAUAAUAAAAUUGGUUAUAUUAUAGAAAUCAAAUGGCCUCAAAAAUUAGCAGAUGGCAUUUUAGCAGACUUCGAUAAAAAUGAGUUCGUAGAUACAAUUCUUCAAGUUGUUUUCCAGAAAGCAGGUUCCCGCCGUAUUGUUUUCUCAUCAUUUGAUGCUGAUAUUUGUACCAUGGUACGAUUAAAACAGAAUCUCUAUCCUAUAUUGUUAAUGAUUCGCGACAAUUUAAGUAAAGACAGAUAUUUAGAUCCACGUAGCACCUCCAUACUUAGUGGUACAUAUUUUGCCAAUGCCAUGGAAUUAUUAGGGAUUAUUGUCAAUUGUGCGGAUAUCUUUGAAAUGCCCGGAAAAGUAUCGGACAUACAUGAACGAGAUCUUUGUGUAUUCAGUUGGGGAGAAGAAAAUCGUAAAGAAAAAACACGUAAAUAUCUGAAAACAUUAGGUGUAGAUGGUAUUAUAUGCGAUCGCAUAAAUCAUUGUUUGGAACCUGUGGAUUUGAAGCGAAAUAUUUUUGUUAUAGAUUUGGUUGAUAAAAUUUCAGAAAAUAAUAGGAUAUGUUCUGCGUAAAUAUAUUUGAAAAUGUAUGUAUGUAUGUUGUGCUAAAAUUAUUAAAAAUAAAAUUCAAGUU